AUGAUCAUCUCACAGCUGGAGCUUGGGCGCCUGUGCGUAAAUCAAUUUGAGGCAACACAUGGUGGAAGGGUGGACAUGUUUGUAAUCUGAAUGUUGUACACAAUCACGAGUUGAUCUGAAUUAAAGCGUUGUGUCCUACAACUUCGCGUCAAAAAAGUUUUCUGCGAAUUGUCCCCAUCAAACUAUGCUGAUGUGGAUUGAAAACGCUAAUAAUGGCUAUUUUUAUCCCUGUUUGCUUUACGUACUGGUAUUUCAUCAUUAUGAAUUAUUAUUAUCAUAAUUACAGUAAAGUUCAAGUGCGCGAUUUUGCUUAGUAAUUAAAAGAGCGCGAAUGGGGCAUGAAUGUCGAACUUUCAGUUUCUCUUCAUCAGAUCUGUUUUUAUAACUUAUAUUGCUUGGCGCCAAACAAGCAAUCAACCGUUUGAACUGUACACGCAAACUGAAAACAACCGGCAGUGGAAAAAAUAUUCACUUUAUUUUCACUUACUUAAAACUGUCAUGCAGUUGCUGACCAUUUGGUCUGACGCAAGCUGUUUUAACCCUAUAUUUCAUGAUUUAUUUUCUGAGGUUGUUCCGGAUACCCACCUAGUGCAAGUGGAAAUAAAGAAACCAACUCGAGUUAGGUCGUGUGUUGUUGUAGAAAAGUAAAAUCGUCAUAUCAGACGAACGCACUGCGCAUGUAGAUCUAGACAUGGAACAAACCAUCUGGAAAGUAGUGCGUGAUAAACGUGAGGACUCAGCGGCGAUUACCAUUCAAAACUGA